AACAAUAUCAUAUGGCAGACUUGAGAAGAAGAUGAGUACUCAAAUAUUAAUCCACUUAUAUAUGGAAACCGCUUAACAUUAAUCUCGUAUUACACAACCAUGAAGCCCAUCCAAGUCCUACACUGGUGUCGGGAGACGUUUCAUUACUACGUCGUCUUCACCAACUCCAUCUUUUUCAUCUUAGGACUCAUAUUGAGCUACAAGUUGGUGGAGAAGACAUUUAUGAGCAUCUUGAUCACACGUCUCAACGACGUAUGGGAGGAAUUUGACCUCCGAAGAGCUGUGAUAGUCGUGAAUUUGCAAGAAGGAACAGGCGCAAUCCUCGUACCAUUUUUCGCUUAUGUAGCUGACGUUCAUACCGGCCGCUUCCUCAUGGUGUUUUUCUCCACCACAGUCUGCAUCAUCGGACUGUUACUCAACUCCCUAGCAGCUGCAAAUGACGAUAGUGGGCAGCUUGAGUUGCGGUUAUUCUACCCUGCGUUGGGGCUAAUGGCUUUGGCGCAAGCGGCACAGACAGCAACGCUGCAAGCGUUUCUUGACGACCAGCUUAGGCCGAUGGAUCUCGACGAGGAUCUAAGACAACGACGUUCCGAAUUCUGGUGGAUUCUGGUCUCCUUUUUGGCUGCCAUUUUCGCUCAGUUUGGGCCUUUAACGGGAUUUCACUUGAGGAUACUCGCAAUAGUACUUAUCGCUGUGAUGGGAGUGAUGGGAUUUCAGAGCCAUCGCUAA